AUGAAGGAUGUUCCUUAUGCAUCUGUUGUUGGGAGCUUAAUGUACGCUCAAACGUGCACAAGGCCAGAUAUUAGCUUUGUAGUUGGAAUGCUCAGUAGAUAUCAAAGUAAUCCAAGAACACUGGAAGGCUGCAAAGAAAGUUCUGAGAUACAAGGAAUUAAAGAUCACAAGCUUAUGUAUCGAAGGUCUAGUCAUCUUGAAGUGGUUGAAUAUUCGGAUUCUGAUUUUGCUGGAUGUGUGGAUAUAAGAAAGUCCACAUUUGACUAUGUAUACUUGCUAACCGGCAGAGCAAUUUCAUGGAAGAGUGCGAAGCAGUCAAUAAUUGUUGCGUCCACUAUGGAAGCUGAACUUGUAGCUUGCUUUGAGGUUAUAGUUCAGGCUAAUUGA